GAUCGCCCCACAUGGAGAGAAGUUGAAUUACUUGUACAGCCAGUCAGUUCCUUGCUGCUGCUUCCGCUCUGUCUCAUCCGCAUAGAGAACGAGGCACCAAAAAUGUCAAAUUACGCCGGAGUAAUUCAUCACGCCACCAGCAUAUUAUGCAGCAACAAAGGUUCAUUGGACCUUCAACAACUGCACAGGAAGAUUUUGCAGCGUGUUGAAAUAACCGAGGACGACUUUUGGUACAUUGUAAAGAAGUGUUCUCGAUUUGUUGUGGUGCGCAACCGAGAGAGGACGGACGAAUGGGGAACGGAUUGUGUGGUUGUAGCAAAAACGUCGUUGCGACUAUGCAGAAAUUAUACAAAGGACGGUUGCAGAGAUUGCCAGGAACUCCACCUCUGCAAAUAUUUUGUUUAUGGAAAUUGCAGAUAUGGGAAAGGCAGGAAGCAGUGUAAGUUCUCCCAUGAUGUGUUUUCGGAGCACAACUACCGUCUCCUGAGGGACUGCACCUUACACGAGCUACACGAGGAUGAGCUGUUCCUGUUACUGCUGCAGAAUGACCCUAGCCUGCUGCCAGAGGUGUGCUCUCAUUACAACAAGGGCUCCGGGCCGCACGGCGCUUGCACCUUCAGGGAAGGCUGUACCAAGAUGCACAUGUGCAUGCACUUUGUGCAAGGCGACUGCAUGUUCGGGCCCAAGUGCAAGAGGCAGCACGUGGUCGACGAGCACGGUCGACGCAUGCUGGAGGAGAAAGGCCUCAGCGGGGACAUCAUUCAUGACCUGCCCUUCAUCUACCAGAACCUGUACCGCCUCAGCACACCCAUUGCUCCCUACGCUGUUAGAGAGCAUGUACCUGAACCAGUGUGUAGACCUGUGAUCCAUAAAGAGGAGAAGAAGGAGAUUUGUCUGCACUUCAUACGCAGAAACUGUAGAUUCCAGGACCAGUGUAUCCGUGUGCACUUUAACCUGCCCUACAAGUGGGAGGUGUUUGAUGGGAACAGCUGGAAAGACCUACGUCACACGGAAGAUAUUGAGAGGGCCUUCUGUGACCCCCGGAACACACACAGUCCCGGCUCUCGGCCAGUGGACUUCCUAACCAUGACUCGGGAGUCUGACCCUGUGCGGCGCCUCUCCACUGUGUCCUCCAUAACAAAGCCAGCCCACUACAUCCUGACUACCGAGUGGCUGUGGUACUACAAGGGUGACCACCAGAACUGGAUUGAGUAUGGUAGACCUGACGAUAAACAGCGUACCACAUCCCUCACAUCCCGAGAGCUGGAGGAAGCGUAUCUGGCAAACCGAUCUGCUGAUGUCACCGUCAUGAAAGGUCACCGCCACUACUACCUCAGUUUCCAAGACAUGUACCAGCGUAACCCGAAACACAACACCAAGAGGAGGGUGCGUCGCCGACCUCGCUUCAUUUCCAUCCGAGAAGUGGAGGACAAAAUUUCACGAUAGAGAGAGCAAUGUAAGGAGCAGGAAUGAAUCAGCAGAUCUAUUCCUCUCUGAAUGGAGUGCCUUUACUCUGGAUCUACUGAGUGGGAUGAGCUGGGCUGGUAGACAGUCACCCCAGUAUUUCAUGGUAUGUAAAUCACCUAAUGUCCAGGAUGACUAGGACUUCCUGGUCCAGCCACAAAGAGCCAGCAGUAGGAAAUAACAUUGUGUUAAUCAUUUGAAAUAAUGUUGCUGAUAUUAUAUGCAGUAAGUUCAUUGGAUAAUCUAGUCCCCUUGACUAGAUCUGUACCCUUCAUGUAAUCAAAUAAUUAGUAUCAACUGACAGCUUGUCUUUUGUGUUCUACCAUCUGGGAACAAAGGAUAAAGUCAAAGAAUAUUGUUUCUGUAUAUUUUUUUUGGUUUAGAAUAUCUGAUAUCCUUACUUUGAGGCAGUCUAUACUACAGUGCUGUUUUCUAGUAUGCUGUAUCACUGAAUUUAUGUGAGGAUGUGAUAAUAAAACUUUUGACUGGU